AGCGAAGCAACGGUCAGUCGUGCCUGUAUUUGAAUAUUCAUUGACCUCGUCCGAUCAAGUUGUAGUUCUAGCUCUACGUAGUCGUAAAACCACCUUCAGUCGGAGAGACGAGUAGGUAAAUACUUCUAGAGAACAAGCACUUUGAUAAAUUUUUGCAUGGAAGCUGUUUAUCAUAGAUGAAGUAUGGCGUCUUAGGCACAGUUUUAUUUGAAGUUCUUGUACAUGCUACUUGUCUACUUCAUGACAACAUCCACAUCAGAAUAAGACAGGGACCGACUGUUGUUUUUUUUGACCGGAACUACUACAGUGCUGGGUCAUCAACAAAUAUAUGGCGGGGAGAAAGAAAAGAAAACUCAAACAAAACCGACCACAGGGUGACGAGAAAAAGAUGGAUUUGCUUUUACAAAUCUAGUAGGGAACCAGAGCAGUAGAAACACGACCUUAUCGUGAAUAAGAUUGAUCAUGCCGGAGCAGCUGCAGCAGCAGUCUUCCGCAGCGUCCAGUGCUGCUGCUGCGCAUCACCAAAACAGCAAUCCAAAUACACCCUAUAUCCCGGAGAGCGAGACGCCGCGGUUCAAGAAUCUCGGGUUUCAGGGGCUGUUGCAGUUGGCGCAGAAGGCAAAUCCGGUGCUGCUCGACACUGCGGUUACGAGGAUAAGUGACGGGGAUGGGUACGACGUUUUGCUCGAGGACGGUUUCGAUAUCCUUUGUAAAAGUAUUGUACCCGUAUUGCAAUCAUGCAUUACAAAUCUUUUUCUUAAGGUAAAUCAGCACUACAAAUUUUAUUUCUCAUGCUGAGGUGGACGAAAUUUGUAAUGCAUCUAUCGCAGUUGUACAAAUUUGUCUUUGUCAUGCGACUUUUCCUCUACUAGUACGAUUUACUUUUGCAAUGCAUAUUCGACCGGACCCUACAACACUCCACAAGCCAGCUUAUCAGCGAGGGUAUUAGUCGCGUAGUUGUAGUUCAACAUCACUUCACCAUGCGUUUGCAUUUAUUUUUUCAUAUUUUAUUUCAACGUAAAGUCGUUUGUCAUGCAGUUGCAGAUUGAACAUCAACACUUAUACAUGGCAAAAGUAUCGUACUCGUAGUAACAAUUGCAAUACAAAUUAGCUCAGCAUGACAAAGGAAAUUUCUCAUGCUGAUUUAGCUUGAAAAAGAAAUUUGUCUUGCAUGGCUGCGAUUUUUCUUGCUAAAAUCACUUUAAAAUUCUGAUCAGGUGACCCUUCCUCCCCGAAGUCUGCUUCGGGUACCAAGAAGAAGCUCCGACACGGAAAAUCCUCUGGUGACGUCGGGAAGUUGGAACGGCAAGUAUCCCAACUCGAGGCGAAGCAGAAAGCCACCGACAAGAAGCUGAAGGAAGAAAAACGACGAGCGGUGGCGCUGGAAAAAGAGUUGGCGAAACUGCGGGUGGACAAAACCGAAUAUGAGAAUCAGCUGUUCCAGAAAACCAUCGACCUGUCGGCGUUGAAGAAGGAACGAGAGCUGGACCGACGGGCUUUCGACGCGGACUGCAAGAAGAAAGAGGUGUUUCUGAAGAAGCUGCUGCUCAUAUGAAAUUGCACAAGUCCCCGUCCCCCUCAUUUGUAUGGCAUCAACAGCAUUGCAAACACCAGCACAAGUGCACCCUGUGCAUGACAAGUUCAUGAUGCGCCGAUUGUACUACUGUUUGGAUCAUUUCCGGAAUUUGUCAUGCACGCGGUGAAACAAGGUAGCAAGUGGAUUUGGGUUUUUGCAUGACAAAUGAGGGGGAGGGCGGGGAGUUGUGCAGUGCCAUAGCUCACGAAGAAGGAAAUUUUGAAGGACCUGAAAUUGAAGAUCCGCCCAAAAACCGCCUUAUCCUGUGCAAAAGUAUCGUACUUUCGUAUUGCAAUCAUGCAUUACAAAUCUUUUUGUUAAGUCAAAUCCGCAUUACAAAUUCUAUUUCUCAUCAUGCUGAGGAAAUAAUUUGUAAUGCAUUUAUACAAGAAUCGGAUAGGAUACUUUUGCAGUGCAUACGCCUCCUUGAAAGACGCCGGAGGGGUCCACAUAGAUGAGUUAGCACUGGAGCGCCGAUAUCAAGUGCAAAAAUGUCUGGGUCUGGAAGUAGAAUGCAAGUUUGUCAUGCUUGUCACGCGUGGCUCGAGAAUCUGUGUUGCAUCGGCACGAAAUGGCCCUCUUACCUGUCAUGCAAAAACGCAGUUUGCCAUGCGGAAUACGCAAGACAUUGCAGCCAAGAUGAAAUUUGUCAGGCAUAGCUGCGUAUUGCAGCGCAUCUAGCAUUCACUUGUAGCAUUUGCAUUACAAGUUUCCAGACCCAGACACUUUUGCAUUUGAUAGCCGACCACUGUCCGCGUCGAAACCGGUGCCGCAGUUUUCCGAUGGAAAGAACAUACUAGAACGACUCCAGGGGGAGGACACGGAGAAUCUAUGAAAGUGCACAACCCCCCCUCCCCCUCAUUUGUCAUGGUGCAAAAUUCCAAGUCCACCCUUUACCUGUUCGCACUGUUUGCAUGACAGAUUCCGGCAGCACUACAAUCCUCUAGGAAUUUGUCAUGCAAAAGUUGCAUCUUUGCCAGCGCUUGUGUUGCCGUUCAUGCAACACAAAUGAGGGGGAGGGGGAGUUGUGUGCUCUCAUAGAAUCUCCUGUCCUUCUACAACUUGAAAGGAAUCAUGGGCACCGGCGAUAUCGUGAGGAAAAAUCCUGCUCCCUCCCCAUAUCGAAAAAGAAAUUUGUGUUGCUGUAUUCGAGUACACAAAUCGCUUUGUAUUGCUAGAAGGCCAAGAGACGAAGCUGGUCCCUCUUUUGCAGGCAAUUUGUCAUGCUGUUCCCGUUUCCAGUUGCUUCCUGUCAUGCUGAAGACGCAAGGCUUUCCCGCGCCAGCCAGCACUACAAUCCGCAUCUCUUCCCUUCUAGCACGACAAAGCUGAUUUGUGGUCACAAAUCCGCAUCACAGAUUUCCGUUUUGAUAUGGGGACGAGGCGGGAUUUUUCUUCUUGAUAGGCGAGGGGGUGACCUCCACGAGACCACAGUCCGCGGCUAUUGCAAGGAAAAACCCCCCUCCCCAUAAUGUCGAAAACGAAAUUUGUGCUGCUGUAGUUGACUACACAAAUCGACGUGUGUUGCUAGAAGGCCAAGACCCGCAGUUGUGGUCUCGUUUGCAGGUGGUUUAUCAUGCUGUUUCCCACUUCCAGCUGCCUCCUGUCAUGCUGAAGAUGCCAGGCUUUCCCCCGCCACCCAGCACUACAGUCCGCAUCUUUUGCCUUCUAGCAUGACAAAGCUGAUUUGUGUACGCAAAUCCAGCACGAGAAAUUUCGUUUUGAUAUUGGGAGGGGGGAUUUUUCUUCUUGAAAGCGGCGUCCCGGUCUUCCUACGCGACCGGCACCACGGGGGCUCUACUGAACAAUAACCGCUACAGUGGCAGAGUGACCCUCCCCAUGGCGGGAGGGGGCGUCGCGGUAGAGCAAAGUGAUAUUCAUUGCAAAUAUGUCUGGGUGGUCUGGAAGGUUGCAACUUGUGAUGCUGUCUCUGCAUUCUAAAAAAAUCUGUAUUGUAUGACCAGCAAGUAGAGGGGUCCAGUUUGUGCUACGUGGAGAGAGCAUUUCUCAUGCGGAAUAGGCAUCAGGAAGCCCUCCAAAAAUCUGUGAUGCUAGGUUGUGCAACAUUACAGGCGUCACGGGUCAUGUAAGAUUUGCAUCACACGUCUUGCAUUCUUCCAGACCUCCCAGGCAGUAUUUGCAUUCCAUAAGUGAGGAAGAGCCACCACCACCGGUAAACCCCAUGCCGCUGCAGGAGGCGUGGAGCCAGAGUGUGGGGAACGCAAAGUUAUCAAAUGCAAAGAUGUCUGGAUGUCUGGGCGGAGGUUGCGAGAUCAUUUGUCGUGCUAGUCGGGCAUGACUCUGAGCUCUGUAUUAAUUCCGUGGCCGCAAAGAGCACGUCUUGCCUGUCAUGUAAAUAAAACGCAGUUUCUCAUGCGGAGUUAUUUGCAACUCAGAAUCACGGAAAGAGUUGUCAUGCUGGGCAGCGCAUUACAGUGUGCUCACUAUUCCCUUUCUUGCAUCACAAGUUUCCAUACCCAGGCAAAGGCAUUUUUGCAAUGCAUAAAAGUCCUCAUCCAACAAUAACCUUGGAACAAGCGGCGCGACCAGCAGCUCGUCGAGACCCGGUACGGGCCGCGGCGGGGGAAAGCAAGGCGGGAGUGGCGGCGGCCUGGCGGCGCUGAAGGGAGUAAAUCUAAACAUAUGCAUUGCAACAGUAUCCGAUACUAGUAUACAUAGAUCGCAUGACAAAUUUCCUCAGCAUGAGAAAUAAAGAUUUGUAAUGCGGAUGGACCUUGAGAAAGAGAUUUGCAAUGCAGGAAUGCGAUUAGUACAACGAGUGUGGUGCUUUUGCAAUGCAUAAAACAAGGACGUGGACGAUUUACUGAAUGAACAGGAGUAUCCAGUGCAAGAAAAGGAUCGUACUCGUAUAAAUGCAUUAGAAAUUAUUUUCUCAGCAUGAGAAAUAAAAUUUGUUAUGCGGAUUGACCUUUAGAAAAAGAUCUGUAAUGCAAGGUUGGAAUUACUACGAGUACGGUCGCGAUGCUUUUGGAUUUCAUAAGGAGGAGCAAGGGGAGCCGGACGACGAAACAAAAAAGCUAUCCUGUGCAAAAGUAUCGUACUCGUAUUGCAAUCAUGCAUUACAAAUUUCCUUGUUAGGUCAAAUCCGCAUUACAAAUUUUAUUUCUCAUGCUGAUGAAAUUUGUAAUGCAUUUAUACGAGUGCGAUACUUUUGCAAUGCAUAAAAGCCACUCUUCAGCAAUAUCCUGUGCAAAGAUAAAGAAAAGCAUCGUACUCGUACGCAACUUCCCAGGAAUGCAUUACUACAAAUCGCGAUCUUCAGGUGAAACCGCAUUACAAGAAAUCUUAAUGCUUCUCAGGCUCUACUAAAUGUCAUGCUAUUCGUACUAUGCGAUACUUUAUUUCCUUUUGCACUGCAUAGGCAAAGACGACGUGCAAUUUCUGGCAGAGGAGUUCAAGAAACUGGACCAGCGGUUUGCCAUCGCGAGCAUCGACCGGCAGGAAAUGGCAAAAAUUCAGGCGGAGCUGGCAGUAAGCAGCGAGAAAGCGAGCGACUUGGAAUCGACUUGCAAGGCAGCGCGGGACUUGAUAUGCAUUGCAGCUACGUCUGGGUCUGGAAUAAACUUGUGAUGCUAGGCUACGAGGAGUGACUGCUCUGUGAUUUUGUACAGCCAAGCAUUAUGAGAAAUAAGAUAUACGUGUCGCGUCGUGUAGUUGCUCUUUCCGCAUGACAAAGUGUGUUUUUGCGUGACAACAAGCAAAAGCAUCUCUUCAUCUUGGACACGACGCAUCACAAACUCUUCAGUCAUGCCAGACAAGCAUGGCAAACAGUUGCAUUCUACUUCCAGACCACCCAGACAUAUUUGCAUUGGAUACUUGACGCAGAAAUACCAAGUCGAAAAAACCAAAUUGGAGGACGGCAUGAAGAGAAGCAAAUCGGUACCAUCAAAAUUUUUGUUUGUCAUUGUCAUGCGAACAACAAGAGUGCUAAUAUAGUGUCAAUAACCUCUGUAGUCAACAUCAUGCGGUCUGUAUUCACUACCAACACAAAAAUUAUUAGGUCGCCACCAAGUUGGCAGAGCGAGCGAACCUGGAGGACCAGCAAAAUGACAGGGUACGGAAAACUAUGAGAGUGUACAACUCGUACCCCUCCCUUUCAUUUGUAUGACAUGAACAGCAACACAAACAUAACUACACGUGGAGCCUGUGCAUGACAAAUUUAUGUACCUACUGCUACUGUAGUAAUGUUUGGGCUUCCAAAUAAAUUUGUCAUGCAAACAGUCCCACAACGCAGCGAUUGGGUUCUGUUGAUUUUGCAUGGCAAAUGAGGGCGAGGGGGGGUUGCGCACUCUCAUAAAAACGGUGAGAAAACAUGAAGACCACAUUGCCUACCUUAAAAACCAGAUGAAGGAAGCCAACGAGAAAAACGGAAAAGCUAUAGCGAGAAAAAACUGUUUCACUGUGAACUUGUGAUGCAGAAAAUGGAACACAGAACUAUUUGUCUUGCUACACGACCUGCAAGACAUUGGAUUUUCAAACGUGUUUUCGUCCCCUGGGAAGUGCGCGUGGCAAGUUUUCUUUGUCAUGUAGGAGGAACUUGUGAAGCGAAACUCACAAAAUGAAAAUCGUCACAGUGAAACACUUUUUUCCCACGAUAAAAGCGAUCAAAGAUCUACAGGCCGAGAACAGUAACCUGCGCAAGAAAAAUAUCGUACGAAAAAAGUUUGUCACAGUUACUAACUUGCAGGUUUUGCAUUACAAAUUUUUUUAGCAUCACAAGUUUUCCUUGUAUUGCAGAAACACUAGGAAAAUCCCCUAUGAAGCUUGGCUGUGAUGCAUUUUUACGCAUGACAGAAAAUUUUGUAUUGCAAGGAUGCGCAUGAGUGAUCGUGACGAACUUUUUUUGUUUGAUAAAAAACAUGGAGCUGGAGCAGCAGCUGCGGACCAUAUGAACUGCAAAAGUAUAUCGUACUCGUAUAAAUGCAUUACAAAUUUUCCCAGCAUGAGAAAUUGAAUUUGUCAUGCGGAUUUACCUUAAGAAAAAAAUUUGUUAUGCGUGACUGCAAUUACUACGAGUGCGAUAGUUUUGCACAGGAUAAACCAUAUCGUCGAACAACAAGCAGCUGGAGAAAUCCAUCAACGAAAAGCAAACUGAGGUCGGGCUUCUUAUGGCGUUCUCAAAUUGGUUACCCUUACCCUCUCAGCUGUUGCGUGAUCUGUCAUGCAAAAUUACCAUCAGAGCCGACACGGCCAAGCAGCUUCGCAUGACAAAUUCUCGAAGGAGUGGCAAAGAGGCUGAUAAAAAUCUGUGCCAUCAAAUCUGUGAUGCAAGACGCGCAAGAUCCCCCCCUUUCAUCACUCUUGCCCUCCGUGCAUCACAAAUCCGUGUAACAGUUGAGACGGUAACCGAUUUGAGAAUUCCAUACUUGUGGAGCAGUGGCGGUCUCUAUGACAGUGCACAACUCCUCCCCGUCGUUCUCAUUUCUCAUGCAAAAUACCAAAUCCACGGCCACGCUUUCCCUCCUGUCACUAUUAUGCAUGACAAGCUCUGGUAUCCCAAGUAGCACUGGUGAUGUACUCCAGUGCAACUUUGUCAUGCAAAUCCGGCACUCUUGCUGACGGUUGUAUUGCUAAAUAUAUAAUGCUAUACAAAUGAGGGGAAGGGGGAGCUGUGCACUGUUAUAGUCUCGUUCGGGGGAGUACUUCCGCGAAAAGUACGACUACGAGAACUCGCGGAUUACCAAAUGCAAAUAUGUCUGGGUCUGGAAGAAUGCAGAUUUUUCUCAUGCUGUUUUUGCAUGACACAGCAGGUCUGUUAUGGAAGUCCUAGCAUGAUCACAGAUAUUUCAUCGAGAACGUUCGGCAAUGUUUAAUCCGCAAGACAAAUUCCCCUUUUUGGUGACAGGAAGUGGGCGCGUUUUGCUGCCUAUGCAUGAGACGAGAUUUGCGCGUCUAGUGGAAUUCUCAUCACAAGUUCGGAUCCUCAUCCUUCCAGACCCAGUCAGACAUUUUUGCAGUUGAUACGGAUCACCAAGCUGCAAAACACGAACAAGCUGCUGCAAAGUCAGAUCGCGGCGGCAAAUGCCGGCUUCGACCGCUACUGCGAGCGGAAGGCGAAGAUGUAGUAGUUGAUGAAACGGGAACGCGAUCGCGAACGGACAGAGUGGUCUACUCGAGGACCGCUACAACUACAACUACAUCGUCAAUAAACCUUCUACUCACUGAAUUUGUUGUUUUUCAACUACUUACUUUCAUCAAUCUUUAUCUUUAAUAGUGAACCACAACCAAUACCAAUUGCAAAUUUUUCAUCACAAUCUUUUUACUAUCUUUAGUGCAGAUAUGGAAGUGUCAGGAUUGAAAUCGUCAAAGUUGAAAUAAUUUGUGAUGCAUAAAAUGCAACCCACAAAGUGCCUGCCUUGCAGAGUAGGCAAGGGAGGCACAUUGCAAGGGGGGUAGAAAUAGAGCUGCUAAAGUAGCAUGACAGAAGGCGUCUUCCUUGUUACCCAAACAGCAAUACAAACUGGAUUUAAGCACCGCCAAAACUUGUCAUGCGCCACUUGAAAACUGGGCUCCAACUGGCAUCCAUUUUAUGCAUGCCAAACUAUUUCAACUCUGACGAUUUGUUUCAAACCUGACACAUCCAUAGCAGAGCCACAAAAACCAAUUGCAAAUUUUUCAUCACAAUCUUUUACUACUUUGUUCACCAAAACUAUCCGUACAGUACUUCUGAAGAUCAUGGUGCACAGACAGUGCCAUGAAGAAGGCCGUUGAUGUGCAUGGAACACCAGCACCACCAGAGGCGAGCAUUUAGACUGAAUUUUAGACACAAUAAGGAGAAAUAUACCUCCACUCAAGUAGAGCUACCUUCAAGAAAUAAAGUUUAGGCCACUUGAUUUUCAUUUUAGACAACUUUGACAGCGAGGAGAAGUGAAGUGCAGGAUAUCAGCAGUUUUUAGCUGUACUAACAGACUGUGCGCGACGGAGGAGGUGCGGGGGGGAGAAUGCAUUUCGAACAAACGGGCAGGUGGACGAGAGCAAGUGCUAUGAGAUUCGGCAAUAUGGUCGUGCUCUCGACGACGUCCGGUAAUUAUGUUGCGCCUGUUUCUAGUACUCCGCGACUUGUUAUAUCCUUUGAAGACAACAAGAACAGAAGUACUUCUAGACCCUGUAUUUACACUACGUUGAUUAGACCAUUUUAUUUUUAUUAACUCAAGUUGGCAUUGCCGUUGGACUUGGAGCACGACUGUGCGGCACCAGUACUACACCGUUUGAUGCAACAAUACGGUCGUAAUAUCUACUUCGUGCUUGAUUCAUCAUGUACAGAUUGAUACGUGAAUAGAAGGUGACGAAAGAAGAGAAAGGUAAAAAUGGGCUCAGCCACCUCGUGUUGAUUGCAGUUGUUGACUAGUAUCGAUCUUUGAUGAAGAGGACAAGCAAGAAGUUCUGCGAC